AUGGUUCGGUUUAAGAAUCGAUACCUCGUCGUUCGCGUCGUCGCCAACGACGGACGCGCGCUGGACGACGGGCGAGAGGCGUCGUCGACGAAGGCGCAGAGAUCGGUGCUCGAGACUUUACGAGCGAGCGUGCGCGAGUGUUUCGGCGACGUCGGCGCCGGUCGGAGCGCGCAAUCGCUCGGCGUGAAGUAUUGCGACGGUUUCACGGGCGUGUGCGUCGUUCGGUGCGAUCGCGAGCGGGCGAGGGAGGUGCGAGGGGCGUGCGCGACGACGCGAGAGGUGGGCGGACGCGCGUGCGCGAUGGAGGUGCGGCACGUCGGUGGGACGUGCGCGAGCGCCAAAGAGGCGUGCGUGAGGAUCGUUAGGGAUGUGUUGGAAGAGAUGGUGCAGUCGGGGCGAGUGAAGACGGCGGAAUUGGAGGGAUUGGUGGAGGCUCGGAGACGGGUGGUGGCGUCUUCGGUGACGAAUUGA